GAGAGGCCCGCCCUCCGAUUCGCCUACGACUGAAGGGGCCGAGAAGAAAAAUACCACAUUGUAAAAAUGAAGUUUAUUUCAAGAAUCCAUCCAAACGCCGUCGCUUACUCCAUGACCACAUUAGGGGCAGGAAUGAUGAACAGCAUAUUUAAUUUCUACUACGUUAAACUGUUUUUGAACCAAUACAAGAUCUCGGAAGGUGCGUUCCAUCAAGCACAGGUUGUUUUUAUGAUCUGGAACGCCAUCAAUGACCCUCUCUUCGGCUAUAUUCAAGACAACGCCAAAGCCCCAUGCUGCUCCAGGCGCCAGGCUUCCAUUUUCUACGGGGCUCCUUUGUACGGUCUGGCCUUUCUGCUCCCCUGGUUCCCAUGGAAACAGUAUCGAGAAGGUGACUGGCUGAGCGGGCUUCACCUCGUGGUCGCUCUGUGUGCUUUCGACGGCAUGCUGACGUUUGUCUUGCUGGCGCAGUGUGCUCUCUUUGCGGAAUCGUCCACCAGACACGAGAGCAGGCUUCAGCUCAUCAAGUACAACCAAGUGGCCACGUUAGUUGGGUCCACCAGCAUCCUCUUCUGCGGCUUGAUAUCCAAUAAUAUGGAGAACUUUGCCCAUUUUCAGGUCUUUGUGGUUCUAGUUGGUGCAACAGCGACCGCUUGCAUGUGCUACACGGGAAUCUAUAGCACCACACAGUAUGAACAAAGGGAAAGUCUCCUGGAAGGCAGUGAGGGAGAAAGUGCUGAGAGACUCUUCUCGUGGUCCUCCAUAAUUUCGUUGACCAAGCAGAUCUUGACCCAGAGAAAUUUCUUGCUCUUUGUGACCAUGAACUUCUUUCAAGUCUUCCACUUGGCUUUCUGCAGCAAUUUCAUGAUGAUCUUUGCAGACAACCUCAUCCCUAAGGACGUCCUUUCUUCUUCUGUCCGCAGCAUCAUGUACGGGGCAGGUUUCAUUUGUCCUCAGUGCCUUGUGCUAAUUAGCCAAUCUCCGCUGAAGAAAUUUGGUUACUAUAAGGUGGUCUUGUUUUCCUUCUAUUUGGAAGCAAUAGCUGCAGCGCUCAUGUUUCUUCUAGGCCCGGAACACUACUACCUGUUGGCUAUUUAUCUUACUAUGAACAUGGUAAUCGUUCAAGCUUCUUUCAGUCUCUUUAAUUUGCCUUUGGCUGAUAUUGUUGAUGCAGAUUUAAAGAAACAUAAACGGAGAUCACCGCUUUCAUCCAUGGUUUUUGGAACGAAUGCCUUAUUUACAAAGCCAGCCCAGUCUCUAGCUCCUAUGCUGGUGGUUACUAUACUCAAUCAAUUUGGAUAUGCAAAUCUGAAUAGUAAACUUGCUCAGCCUAACCCAAAUUUGUUCCUAGGCCUCCAUGAUGCCAUGUUCUACAUGAUCUGCCUCGUUCCUCUUUGCAUUGCAGCCAUACAGAUUCUCACAUGGACCCCCUUCUCCAUCCAGAACAGUCACCUGACACCCAUUCAUGCUGAGAUGUGAAUGUGAGCGAACUGGGGACUUGACUGUUCCAUUUGACCCACUAGUCAAUUUUGAAUUGUGGGUAGAACAUCUGGCUUGCCAUGACUCUUUAGACUAGCGGAUCACCUGCCACCUGAGCUGUUCCUCACCUGUGAUAGAAAGCAAGGAUCUUUCUAGUUGAAUAGCAGUGACAAAUGUUAAAGAUGUCAUGUAGACCUACUGGGUACAUUAUUAGGUCUCUGCCUCAGUGACUGAGCAAUAUCAGACACAUCUCCUCUGAUGGAAUUCUGCAGACUAAAAUUCUUCUUCUUAGAGGAAGACCCCAUAAUAACUCCAAAAAUGGUGGUGGUGAACUCCUUUCAUCAAAAAUGGUGGACAGCUCUUAUCCAUUUUCAGCCAUUCCAGAUCAGCCAUACAUACGAACACACUUCGUGCUUUGGGAUGCAGGACUGGAAAAUCCAGGUUUUUGAGGGUGGCCGUUUGCACAUAUUGUCCAGCACUGGUAUGUGCAGUGCCCAUGGUGACAAUCUGUAUUGAGAGGAAAGAAGUGAAAAGAGUUUACUUCUCUGUAUGCAAAAAGAGUGUUAUGGGGAUUAUUAUUUUAAGGGACAAGGGGGAGAUGCA